AUGUCCGCACACAAUCUCGACUAUUCAACUCACACUUAUCUCACCCUCACGCUCGCACCAUCGUCGCCUUUCCAGUCGAACCCAGGUGACUUGGCCUCGAUACAUCCCGCUCUGUCUCAUGUUGGCCCAGUCGGAGCGAUGAAAGAUAUCCAGAUUAUCGGCGUUUCGAGCGAAGAAUGGAGUCGUUCGAAUGGGGAAAUUCGCGCCGCGUUGGAUGCGAAGAGGGCAGAGGGGAUCAUCAAGGUCGACGUGCACGCGCCCAAGGGCAAGCACAAGCGGGACGAAUUCUGAUGUAGCUAUGGUUGAGAAAGUUGUACGAAGUAGUCUAUGACGAUGUAUGUACGAUAAGGACCGACACGUAGGAACAAGAGAAGUCUCCACGGUCAUUUCUCGGAUCUCAGGGUAUCGAGCAGUUCAACAAGUUCUCGAACCGGCAGGUCUCCCUAAACUUCAGUUGGUGGUCGAUCAGAUUCUCUGCGUAUACGACAAAGCU